GUUGUUCUUUGGCCCGUAAUUCAAAGCUAUUAAACAAAGCUCCUUCCUUUCUUUCAAAGAAACAGGGAAGCCGCCAUGGAUAUUGUCAAUCAGUUGCAGAGACAGUUCAUUGACCACUCCACAUCACUGCAUCGCGAGGGAAUUGUGGAUGAUCAGUUUACUGAACUCCAAAAGCUGCAAGAUGAAAACAGCCCAGAUUUUGUCGUCGAGGUUGUCUCUCUUUUCUUUGAAGAUUCUGAGAAGCUUCUUAACAAUAUGGCCAGAGCACUUGAGCAAGCACAAGGUGUUGAUUUCAAGCAAGUAGAUGCCAGUGUUCAUCAGCUUAAGGGCAGCAGUUCCAGCAUAGGUGCAAUGAGAGUUAAGAAUGCAUGCAUCGCCUUUCGGAGCUUUUGCGAGGCGCAAAACCGUGAAGGGUGUUUGAGAUGCCUGCAAAAGGUCACUCAUGAAUACUCCCUACUGAAGAACAAGCUUCAAUCCUUAUUCAGGCUUGAGCAACAGAUCCUUGCAGCUGGUGGAUCGAUCCCGGUAGCGAAAUAAACAACAUUUAUAUCAUCGUCGUAGAAAAACAAAGGGAGAAUGAACGGCCGUCGCCGCCGAUACCUUUUCUUUACGAAGUCGAUGUUAAAUUAUCAAGGGAUUUUACAUAAACUUGUGUCUAAAACCCGUAUGAGGUAAGAAUAAUGUGUGAGCCUGUGAAUACACAUUUUUCAAGCUUUGUGCUGCGUAAGCUUAUAUAUGAUUAAGUUCUCUUUGUCGUUCAA